AUGGCACACAGAUGGGUCCUCAUCCUCACUCUCCUCCAGUGUGAUUUCUUCAUCUGCUCCACUCACCGCCAGUAUAGAGCUCUCUAUCCUGCUGCGCACAGAGUGAGGAGAGAGACAGCAGCACUGGUGAAUCCUGUCUUUCAGAAAUCUAUCAAAGAUGCUGAUCUAUUGUAUGAGAUAUUACAUGCAGGGCUUGAUUUUCCUAACGAGCGAGCCCCUUUUCAUGUCCAUGACGAGGAAUUGGCGUCUCUGCGACACACCCACACCCUGGAGGUCAUCUGCCAGGACCUCCUGCCCAAGAAGCUGACCGACAUAAGGCGCCUGACCUCAGCCCUCUCGCAGCGUGACAAUAGCGCCACACUGAGACGGGAUGACUUUGAGCGCACUCUCCUGACGAUGGUGUACACUGCCCACCACGUUGCAGAGGCCGGCAGCCGCCACCAGAGGGACCUCUGGGCCGAGUCACUUGUAGAGCUCUACAGGGCCAUUAAAAGAGACCUUGCGGCUAAAUGA